ACAUCUCUGUUUCUCUCUACCCAAUCUUCCCCUCCCCACUGUAUUAUGUACAGUGACGACACAAUCAAGUCGGGUCUUCUCCGACAACCACACACAACGGUUAAUGCAAAUCACUCUUCCACUCUUACCCCCCACCACCAUAGCCUAGCCUAGUCAACGACACUUACUCGUCACUCUUCAUUCUAAUCUCCCACAGCCGAGCAUGAAGCGGGAUCAGCUCUCCGAAUGCGGCGGUUGCGGCGCCCCGGAGCGCUUCUUCCUCCACAACCUCCGCCACAGGGCCAGCUACCGACGCCUCUGCACCAACUGCGUCCUCAAGAACCACCAGGGCCUUUUUUGCCCCAUUUGCCUCGAAGUCUUCAACGAGCCCCCUCCCCCUCAUCAACGCCUCAUCUGCCUCAAAUGCCCUUCCAUUUCACACCUCUCCUGCCCUUCCUCUCAUCUCUCCCAAUCCUUCACUUGUCCCCUUUGUUCCAACCCUAAUUUCUCUUUCUUCAGUCUCGCCGAUGAGAAACCCAAGUCAACGCCCGAUAAUCCCCAAGGAUCUACACCCGAAGAAGACGGCGACGACGACGCCGGCGGGAAAAACGACGACAAGACGUCGACGAAAACGAGGGUUAUAAACAAGGAAGCUGCCAAAGCGCUUCUAGCUGCUGCUAAGAUUGCCGCUGUCUCUAUGACCAAAGCUGCCGCCGUUGCUAAAUUAGAGGCUGAACGGAGAGUCAAGAAGCUACUUUGGCGAAGAAGAGAGCCAAGAGGCUCUUGAGAGACUCGCCUGUUAGUCCGUAAGGACAAUGAUAGACAUAAGUCGUCACUUAUAAGCACUCUGAAAUCUAAAGCUGAUGCCGCCGUUUCCGCUGCCACCACCAAAACCAACUCUUUAUCUCUUCCAUCUCAUAUUCCUGAAAAGGGAAAUAAUGGAUCGUUUUCUGUUUCUGCUGCUAAUGUUCCCAAGUUGCACCGUCAACAUAGCACUCAUGGUAUGCCUAAUUGACCCAUUUCCCAUCGGUGAUUCCGACAAUCUCUGUAAACUGUUUGUUUUUGUUGGUAAUUUUAGGCUGAUGUUUAUGGAACCAUAUGUUAAAUCUUUGUAGAGAAUAGUCUGUUUAUUUGGACUCAGCUCUUUGUUUGCAUUCAAUUGUAGCUUUCCCUUCUGCCCUGUAUGUAUUUUCAUGAGUUCAUUGUUUAUGUUCAUUU